AUGACGGCGUGCAAUGACACGCUAGCAGCUUUCUGGGUCGACCGCCGGGCCUGCCUUCUCUCGGGGAAGCCGGCAACGAAUGCAUCGACGUACUGCGCCGAGCCUGCGUGCGUUCGCCAGCUCACGUCGCUCCAAGUCGCGCUACAAAACCAGUGCAGCGGCGUCGCUGACGCAGACAUUCCCAAGGUGCUCGGCGCCCGCCUGACGCCGUCGUUUUGCCUGCUUGCGUGCGUCAAUGUCUUUGAGACGCUCCAGCAGUCCCAGGCCGCUUGCACACGAAGCGGCGCCAAGACCGUCGCGCAGUGCAGUGCGUGCACCUCGUACAAGCUCACAGUACCCAAGCUCGUGCAGGGCUGUCAAUUUAACGCGUCGUCAGCGAGCUUGCUGGCCACGAUCGCAGGGGACAGCAGCGAGUGCGAAACCAGUGUCGCCAACGCGUCCUUUGACAGUACAUAG